AUGCAAGCAAUAAAGUGUGUUGUUGUUGGAGAUGGAGCGGUUGGGAAAACGUGUUUGCUGAUCAGCUACACAAGUAACGCUUUUCCCGGAGAGUAUGUCCCCACGGUGUUCGACAAUUACUCGGCCAACGUCAUGGUGGACAAUAAACCUGUGAAUCUGGGUCUUUGGGACACUGCAGGUCAAGAGGAUUAUGACCGUUUGCGACCAUUAUCCUAUCCUCAGACUGACGUCUUUAUAAUCUGCUUUUCGCUGGUCAAUGUGGCUUCCUUUGAAAACGUUGAAGCAAAGUGGCAUAAGGAAGUAUCACAUUACGCUCCCAACACUCCCAUAAUUCUCGUUGGCACAAAGUUGGAUAUUAGGGAGGAUCCUAAGGCGCUAGAAGAGUUACGACAACCCCCAGUAACAUAUCAGAAGGGUCUAGCUCUGGCCAAACGGAUCAACGCUUAUAAGUACCUGGAAUGUUCCGCUCUAACCCAGAAGGGUUUGAAAGCCGUUUUUGAUGAGGCCAUUCGAGCCGUACUGAUCCCUGCGGAGAAACCGAAAAAGCAGCGGUGCACACUACUUUGAACAGCCCUUAACUCCAUCCCCAAACGAUUGUGAUGCACGUGCUCUCUCAGUUGGUCGAUGCCCCCCUGUCCCGAUCCAUCCCCGUAUGGGUGACUUCUCGUUCCACACAGAGCAUACACGCAAUGAGGUAAUGUGAAGUUGCAUAUACACAACAUGCCUGUUAACUUUGCUCUUUUCGCGAAUUGUGGAGACAUCCCACUUCAAUGAACAGCCCAUUUUACAUGCAUCAAUCUCACGCAUCCAUAACCAUCUCCGCCUUCGUCUCUCCGUGUGGAUCUGUCAUCGGUGAUCAUCACAGCAGUUCUAUACAGUAGAAUGACCUAUUGCGGGUAACAGUACUACUUCAGCAUGGUCGGAAUUUUAUAUCUCUCACACGUUAACGGUGUUUUACCAUAUCCUUCUUGUGUACCCUUCCCUCUGACCCCUUGGCUAUCGCGUUGUGGAUACCAACCCCAAUCUCAUUUUCACCUUCAUUUCGCAGCAAACUUUGCGCUACUACACGCAACCAACGCGUUUUCUUUGUUUGUCUUCAAUUGUGAAACAUCGUUUGGUGUCCGGAUUUCCUGGUGCCUGCGUUCGUGUUAGUUGAUUGUAUUACUUACUUACUUACUGCCUUGUAUUGUUCAUAUGACAUAAUACCGGUUUUUCCACCUGGUCCACGAUUCCGAUUACUGCUUUUCCACGUUGUGUCUGUUGCCCAGUGCUGCUCUGAAUUUCCGGUACGGGUUUGUUUUGUAGCCGAAAAACUCCAUGUCUUCUUUUGAGGAGCUCGCGUUCGAAGGCUGCUUAUUUUUCCACUGGUCGCCGGCAGAUAAAUGCCGGGGUCGCAAACCGUUCCGUUUGCUGCUGCUAUUCACACAGAUUUUCAAAUACGGCUGCUUCCAUUUUUGCGAACUAUGCCUCUCAAACACUACUUGAUUUAGUGUACAUUUCUAUUUUGCAUGAGUCCCUCGCUGUCGUCUCCCCGCCCACGCCUUGCCCCCCCCCCCACGUCACCCUCCUACCUUGGACGAUCUGCUUGCUUUAACUUGUUAGCUGUGUUCUUUUGUGGAUGGCGCUUGAGCCAGUUUUUUGGGUUCACGAUUGAUUUACUCCGCUCUGCUCUUUGCUAUUCAUGACUUGCGAUUAUUUCGGAAUAUUUUGAUCAAAAGCCUCUGAUUACGGACACUGUGUAUUAUUAACACUAAUACUACUACAACUAUCCAUAAUACUACCAAAAUUUUGGUUCGCUCU